UCGGAGGCAGUUCAUCCUCUCUGCUCGUUUGAGGGCAUCACAAUCGCAGUCAUUUAGAGGCAGGCAGACCUCAUAAGCGAAUUUGGAUUUUAUUUGAUUGAAGAAGGUAUCACUGAGACACCACCAUGUCAAACAUCACUGAAGACCCCUUCGAAGAAGUCACGUCGGCUGAUUAUUCAGGCUAUUACGACUACGAUAUAAACAGUACCCACUUUGUAUGUGAGCAGGAUGAUAUGAGGACAUUUAGUAAGGGGUUUCUGGUGACUAUCUACACUUUGGUGUUCAUCCUGGGCUUCUUAGGAAAUGGCCUGGUCGUCUGUGUCCUAGUGAAACACCGCAACCAGACCAACAUGACUGACAUGUGUCUCUUCAACCUGGCCUUCUCUGAUCUCCUCUUCCUCCUGACGCUCCCAUUCUACAUUCACUACACUCUGAUUGGCAAGUGGACCUUCGGUGACUUCAUGUGUCGUUUCCUGUCCUGCUCCCACCACACCGGCUUCUUCAGCAGCAUCUUCUUCAUGGUUAUCAUGACGCUGGACCGCUAUGUGGUUAUCAUGUACGCUCACAAGGUGGCACGGUAUCGUACAACAAAGGCGUGUUUUUCUCUGAUCGUGUUGAUUUGGAUCGUGAGCUUCUGCGUGUCUCUUCCAACCUUCAUCUUUACAAAGUUAGAAAAUGAUGGCGAAACAGUCGGCUGUUUUUACAGACCGGAAAGUGAAAUCUGGGUCUAUUACGAUCUGUUUGCUACAAAUAUUCUGGGUCUCUUGAUUCCCAUGCUGGUGAUGGUGGCUUGCUACUCGAGGAUAAUCCCCACUCUGGUGAAAAUGAGGACGGCCAAAAGGCACAGAAUCGUCAAGCUCAUCAUCUCCAUAGUCAUCGUUUUCUUCCUGUUCUGGGCUCCGUAUCACAUUUCCCGCUUCUUGAAGUUCCUGUAUUCCACAGACCUAAUGGCCAGCGGCUGCAGUGUGGAGAUGAACCUCAAGGUGUCAACCAUAGUGUCCGAGGCAAUCGCGUACACACACUGCUGCCUGAACCCCAUCAUAUAUGCCUUCGUGGGACAAAAGUUUAUGAGACGAGCCAUGCACUUGCUGAAGAAAUGGGCACCUGGCCCAGUGAGUUUCAAGGAGAGCUCAUUCAGGAGAAGUUCAGUUAUGUCCAGAUCCUCUGUCACCUCCACUGUCAUCAUGUAGGAGCUACAAGUGGACAUACUCUGACUUUGGAUAUUGGUAGAGACUAAUCAGGCACUCCAGGCCACUUGGUGUCCUUGUUGUGGUUUCAUCCUUAAGACGACAACGUUCAUCAGUAUCUAAUCUUAAAUACAAUCUCUGUACAUCCUUUGAACCCUUUGUAUUUUGUUUUAACCAAGACACUUCCUCCUCCUUAUGACGUUGGAUGCAGAAAGGGCAUCAGACCAAGCCUACAGUUUGGAACAGCUUGCAACCACAAAGAUCUUCACAGCCACUUCAGAUACCACAGUUUUGUUAUUUCUUCCUCACACCUUUAUAAUAAUAAUAAAAACGUCUUCCAGCAGAGAGCUUUUGCAUCCUGCUCUGCACGGUGUUUUGCAUUCACUGAAUAAUUUUUGCUUACUGUGCAGUUGAACAAUCUAUAGGACAUUUUCAAAAGUUAUCAAAAAGAGUUGUAUUGUUUUCCUGUCUGCUGUAAUAUGUUCUGCUUUUUUUUUUAAUAAAACGACUUUCCAGAGUUUUCAAA